AUGGUGAUCAACACCAAAUCAAUUAAAAAGGACCCCUCAAAAUACAAAGAUAAGAUCAAAGUGAAGUUCCCUCGAGUGACAACAAUUAAAUCAAUAACAACACAAGGGCUAUACAAUACCAAACAGCUAUGGGUCAAAACCUACAACCUGCUGUACAGCAUGGACGCUUUCACGUGGGCUACAGUGACGUCACAAGAUGGAUCCCCUCUGCUAUUCGAUGGAAAUAACACGCCUGUGACAACUGCAGUUUUACCAAACGUUGACGCCCUGGCCAUACGUAUUAAACCUGUGUCCUGGAAUAUUUACCCCGUAUUGCGAUUUGACGUCGGCGGCUGUCAUGAACGAACCAGAAAUGAUAUCCUGGAUUACUAUGGCUACAAGGAAAGUCUGGGAGGGGCUUUCUUGUACAACGUUAUCGAGGUUAGAAAGGACAAGGUCAAUGCAUCAGUUACAUGUACAGAACAUCUGACACGCUUGUUCAGGAUCGACACAAAAUCCAGAAUGGCCAAUCUCCAUGACGUCAUCAGUAGAUCCGACAUCUUCAAAAACAUCUACAAGUUCUACGUGUCAGGAGGUUAUACGUCUCUAGGCAGAUGGAUGCAUGACGGCGAAGAUGACGAAAUUAACAUCGCCCUCUGGUCCCCCGACAACCCGAAUGCCACUCAUGGACACUGUGUUUUACUAACACAGACAGGCUUAACCAGUGUGGAUUGUGCAGAGAAACACUAUUCAAUUUGUGGGCAUUGA